GGGCGGGCGCGGGGCUGGGCUGAGGCGGGCGGCGGCGGUGGGCCGGCCGCGGAGGGGGAGGAGCGGGAGCUGAGCGAGGCGGGCGGGCGGAGGAUGGGGCCGUGCCCGGGCUCCCGCUGCAGCCGCCCGGGGACACGCCGUGCACCCUCCGGCUUGGGGCUCUCGCGGCGGCGGCGGCGGCAGCGUUAGCGGCGGCGGCGAGAGCGGCGUUCUUGGCGCUUCCUAGCCGCGCUUCUCACUCAGGCUGGGCGAAGAGAAGAGGCGGCGGCGGCGGCACACCGGUGUCUCUCUCACUGGAGAUUUCUUUCUGCUUUCCUCGUCGACUGACUCGCCCCCUCCCUUUUUUGAGGAAGGGUGACCUCUUCUCUGGGACUGGAAAAAAUAUUUUUUUGAGGAGGGGUGGGUGGGUGGCAGCGUCAGGGGCUGCUUCUUCUCUUCUUUCAUCUCCCUCUCCUCCCCCCUCCGAGCCGAAAAGCAAACCCCACAACUGCUCCAGCAUCCUCCUUCCCUUCCUCCACCUCCCUUCUUUUCCACCUCUUCCAGUUUCGCCCUCUCCCUUCUUAAUUAUUUCAUUAUUAUGCUUCCCUCUCUGGGGGGUCUCGUCCCUCUCAGGUCGCUCGGAAGCCGUGGCCUCCCCUGGAAGCAUUUCUUAAAAUUUUUGGAGCCUGGGAGUGAGUUUUCUCUGAGGCGUGUGUGAGAGGCGGCGGGGGUGUUUUCCUGCGUGAGGGGCGGGUGAAGUUCAUUGCCCCCACUUUUGCGCGACCUUUUCGGACCCGAUUUGGAGUCGGGGGUACCAGGCGUUUUCGGGGGGCGGGGGGCGCGGCGGAGAAUGGCCGCGGGGAGGGCUCCCCGGAGCCUCCCAGUCUCUUGAUCAAAGCAUUCCGCUAUUCUGAUUUAUUGCCUGCUUGGUGAGUUAUUUUUUUUUUUUUUCCUCUAAAGGAGACCUGUGUGUUCAGCCAUUACUUUGCUCGGCGCUGCUCACAGGAAUCUCCGACCCUCGGUGCUGUGGGCAGCCCCGCACUUGGGCUCCCUGCCUCUCGCCCUCGCUCCCGUCCCUCCUCCCUCUCUCCGCCCCUUCCCCCUUUUCUUUCUCCUCUCUUUCUUCCCCUCUCUCCCUUCUUUCGGCCGCCGUCUCCCCCGCGCCCUCCUCGGGGCGGAGGGAAGCCGAGAAGGGGGAGGGAGGGGUUGGUGUCAAUUUUUUUGUGCGGCCGCGGCCGGAGCCUGUGGCGGGCAGGCAGCGAGCGGGGAGACCCCGGCGCGGCAGAGCCAUGGAUGGCCCGACGCGGGGCCAUGGACUCCGCAAAAAGCGGCGGUCGCGGUCGCAGCGAGACCGGGAGAGGCGCUCCCGGGGCGGGCUGGGGGCCGGCGCGGCCGGCGGCGGCGGGGCCGGCCGGACCCGGGCGCCCUCGCUCGCCUCCUCGUCGGGCUCCGACAAGGAAGACAAUGGGAAGUCCCCGUCCUCCGCCCCGUCCCGGCCCAGACCCCCGCGGAGGAAGCGGAGAGAGUCCACCUCGGCCGAAGAGGACAUCAUUGAUGGAUUUGCCAUGACCAGCUUUGUCACUUUUGAAGCGCUGGAGAAAGAUGUAGCACUUAAGCCUCAGGAACGCGUGGAGAAACGCCAGACCCCUCUGACCAAGAAGAAACGAGAAGCACUUACCAAUGGCUUGUCCUUUCACUCCAAGAAGAGCAGACUCAGCCACCCACACCACUACAGCUCAGACCGGGAAAAUGACCGCAAUCUCUGCCAGCACCUUGGGAAGAGAAAGAAGAUGCUGAAGGGACUCAGACAGCUCAAGCCAGGGCAGAACAGCUGCAGGGACAGUGACAGUGAAAGCGCAAGUGGAGAAUCCAAGGGCUUCCACAGGAGCAGCUCUCGGGAAAGGCUCAGCGAUAGUUCAGCUCCUUCCAGCUUGGGAACAGGCUACUUCUGUGACAGCGACAGUGACCAGGAAGAGAAGGCAUCAGACGCCAGCUCUGAAAAACUCUUCAAUACCGUUAUUGUAAACAAAGAUCCGGAGCUCGGGGUCGGCCCGCUCCCGGAACACGACAGCCAUGAUGCGGGGCCCAUUGUCCCCAAGAUAUCGGGUCUAGAGAGGAGCCAGGAGAAGAGCCAGGACUGUGGCAAAGAGCCCAUCUUUGAGCCCGUGGUGCUUAAAGACCCCUGCCCUCAGGUCCCCCCGCCGCUGCCCCAGCCCCAGGCGGAGCCCCCGCCCCGCGCUCCUUCUCCGGACCCCGCCGCGGUGCCACCCCGCGCCGAGCCCCAGCCUCGGCCCCCGCGCCCGAGCCCCCAGCCACCGCAGGCGCCCCCGGAGGCCCCGCUCCAGCCCGCGCCGCCGCCGCCGCCCGCGCAGAGGCCACCCCGGCCGCAGUCCCCCGGGCCGCUGCUGCACCAGGCCCUCCCGCCAGGGCAGGCCCACCCCGCCGCCCAGAGCCUCCCGCAGCCUCUGUCCGCCUACAACAGCAGCAGCCUGAGCCUCAACAGCCUCAGCAGUAGCAGAAGCAGCACUCCAGCGAAGACUCAACCCGCGCCCCCUCACAUCUCCCACCACCCCUCGGCCUCCCCGUUCCCCCUGUCACUGCCCAACCACAGCCCCCUGCACAGCUUCCCACCCACCCUCCAGCCCCCCGCACACUCACAUCACCCCAAUAUGUUUGCCCCUCCCACUGCUUUGCCUCCUCCACCACCUCUGACAUCAGGGAGUCUGCAGGUGCCCGGACACCCGGCCGGGAGCACUUACUCAGAGCAAGACAUCUUGCGCCAGGAGCUGAACACGCGUUUCUUGGCCUCUCAGAGUGCUGACCGCGGGGCCUCCCUGGGCCCCCCGCCCUACCUGCGGACCGAGUUCCACCAGCACCAGCACCAGCACCAGCACACGCACCAGCACACGCACCAGCACACCUUCACGCCCUUCCCCCACGCCCUCCCGCCCACCGCCAUCAUGCCGACGCCAGCACCGCCCAUGUUUGACAAAUACCCUACAAAAGUUGACCCAUUCUACCGGCACAGUCUCUUCCAUUCUUAUCCUCCUGCCGUAUCGGGCAUUCCCCCUAUGAUUCCGCCCACUGGCCCUUUCGGUUCACUGCAAGGAGCAUUUCAGCCGAAGACGUCCAACCCUAUCGAUGUUGCUGCCCGACCUGGGACAGUCCCACACACUCUGCUCCAGAAGGACCCGAGGUUGACAGAUCCUUUCAGACCUAUGUUAAGGAAGCCGGGGAAGUGGUGCGCGAUGCAUGUCCACAUCGCCUGGCAGAUCUACCACCACCAACAGAAGGUCAAGAAACAGAUGCAGUCAGACCCACACAAGCUGGACUUUGGACUGAAGCCUGAGUUCCUGAGCCGGCCUCCAGGCCCCAGCCUCUUUGGAGCCAUCCACCACCCCCACGACCUGGCACGGCCUUCAACUUUGUUCUCUGCCGCUGGUGCUGCACACCCAACUGGGACCCCUUUUGGGCCACCUCCUCAUCACAGCAACUUCCUUAACCCUGCUGCUCACCUAGAGCCUUUUAAUCGGCCAACUACGUUCAGUGGCCUGGCAGCAGUCGGUGGCAAUGCCUUCGGGGGACUUGGAAAUCCUUCAGUUACACCCAACUCAAUGUUCGGCCACAAGGAUGGCCCCAGUGUGCAGAACUUUAGCAAUCCUCACGAGCCCUGGAACCGGCUGCACCGAACGCCUCCGUCGUUCCCGACCCCUCCGCCCUGGCUGAAGCCAGGGGAGCUGGAGCGUAGCGCGUCCGCUGCAGCUCAUGACAGAGAUAGAGAUGUAGAUAAACGAGACGCACCUGUUAGUAAAGAUGACAAAGAAAGGGAAGGCGUCGAGAAGAGACACUCCAGCCACCCUUCACCAGCACCCGUCCUCCCGGUGAGCACCCUGGGCCACAACCGCAGCUCAACCGAACAGAUCAGGGGUCAUUUGAACACUGAGGCACGCGACAAAGACAAAUCCAAAGAGAGGGAGCGAGACCACUCGGAAUCUCGCAAGGACCCAGGCGCCGACGAACACAAGGCGAAGGAGGGCGCCCUGCCUGAGAAGGACGGCCACGGCCACGGCCACGAGGGGCGCGCCGCGGGCGAGGAGGCCAAGCAGCUGGCCCGGGGGCCGUCGCCCUACACGCGGGCGCCCGCCGUGGACGGGGCCAGGCCCAGCAGCGCGGCCAGCCGCGAGGCAGAGCCACGCAAGGGCGAGCCGGCCUACGAGAACCCCAAGAAGAGCACGGAGGUCAAGGUGAAGGAGGAGCGCAAGGAAGACCAUGACCUGCCCCCUGAGGCCCCGCAGACCCACCGGUCCUCAGAGCCACCGCCGCCCAGCUCCUCGGCCAGCGUGCACCCGGGGCCCUUGGCCUCCAUGCCCAUGACCGUGGGGGUGACGGGGAUCCACCCCAUGAACAGCAUCAGCAGCCUGGACAGGACUCGCAUGAUGACACCUUUCAUGGGCAUCAGCCCCAUCCCGGGCGGAGAGCGCUUCCCGUACCCGUCUUUCCACUGGGACCCCAUUCGCGACCCCUUGAGGGACCCCUACCGAGAACUUGACAUUCACCGGAGAGACCCGCUGGGCAGGGACUUCCUGCUGAGGAACGACCCUCUGCACCGGCUCUCGACACCCCGGCUGUACGAAGCUGAGCGCUCCUUCAGGGACCGGGAGCCCCACGACUACAACCACCACCACCACCACCACCACCACCCCCUGUCCAUGGACCCGCGGAGGGAGCACGAGCGUGGGGGCCACCUGGACGAGCGGGAGCGCCUGCACAUGCUCAGAGAGGACUACGAGCACCCGCGGCUCCACCCCGUGCACCCCGCCUCCCUGGACGGACACCUGCCCCACCCCGGCCUCCUCACGCCUGGGCUCCCCAGCAUGCACUACCCCCGGAUCAGCCCCACCGCGGGCCCCCAGAACGGACUCCUCAACAAGACCCCCCCAACGGCGGCACUCAGCGCGCCUCCCCCGCUCAUCUCCACGCUGGGGGGCCGCCCCGUUUCCCCCAGAAGGACUACCCCUCUGUCCGCGGAGAUCAGGGAGCGUCCUCCCUCCCACACUCUGAAGGAUAUCGAAGCUCGGUAAGGAGAGAACAGGACACAGAGGGAGAAGAGGGCCCGCGGCCGCACAGCGCCGGACUCCGGAAAGAGCGAGCGCCGAGGGCCGCCAGCGCCCCGAGCGCAGACUGGGGGGGGGGGGGGCGCCCCAGCCCUUCCCCUUGUAAAAAUGUAUAGACUCAGUGCAGAUUUUGAAAUGUUUUUGUAUAUGCUCUGUUGAAAUUUUUCAGAUCUUUUAGCCAAGUCCUAUGUUCCCAUGUCUUCCCCACUCUUUUGGUUUCUUGUAUAAAACUUUUUGAUUUGAACCAAAACAGUAAAGAGGGUAACACUCACCAGUGUGGUGAUGAUCGGGGUGAAAAAUCAAACAGUCCACACAAUCCACCAUGCAGAGCUCUUUCAGACGAGAAGGAAAGGUCAUGUACAUAGUUAUGUAAAAAAAAAAAAAGAAGAAAAGAAAAAAAAAAGAUUGCUUCAUGAGCUAAUGGUUCAUAUAUGCAAAA